UGGGCGGGUCUUAGCCGUUUCUUUUUAUCUAGGGAGGCGCAUUCGUUGGGCCCUGAGAACGAGUCGGUGAGAGCUCUAGGACGUACGUUAGAGGACAGAGCGGAAGAAAAAAAAAUUGCUAUCAACAUGGAGUCCGAGACCAAGUAUUUACCCGAGCUGAUGGCGGAGAAGGACAGCCUGGACCCGUCCUUUACACACGCCAUGAGCCUGCUCUCUAGCGAAAUUGAAAGGCUGAAGAAGGGAGGUGAUGCGAAAGGAAAGGAAGAUGGAGACCCUUACCUAGACUUGUUCUCCCAUAAGAACAUGAAGCUGAAGGAGCGUGUUUUGAUUCCAGUUAAAUUGUAUCCUAAGUUUAAUUUUGUUGGCAAGAUCCUGGGACCACAAGGAAACACAAUCAAGAGGCUGCAAGAGGAGACUGGAGCUAAAAUUUCAGUGCUGGGCAAAGGAUCCAUGAGGGACAAAGCAAAGGAGGAAGAACUCCGGAAAGGACUUGAUCCAAAAUACAGCCACUUGAACAUGGAUCUGCAUGUUUUCAUUGAAGUCUUUGGUCCACCUUGUGGGGCAUAUUCACGGAUGUCACAUGCCAUGGAGGAGGUCCAUAAGUUUUUAGUUCCACAGGAUACGAUGGAUGAUAUUUGCCAAGACCAAUUCAUGGAAAUGUCCUACUUGAAUGGCGCUCCUCCAGAACAAGGUCGUGGUGGUGGGAGAGGAGGACCCUCCCGUGGCAGAGGUGGUCCACCCCCUUCUGCUGUAGCUCCACAAGCAAGAGGCAGAGCUGGUCCUCUGCGCUCCCUUGUUCCUAGGGGAGCUCCUGGGCGUGGAGCUAUAACUCGUGGUGGAAGUGUAACCCGAAGUGUGGCUCCCACACCUGCAAGCAGGGGUGCACCUUCUGGAAGAGCUCGUGGUGGAUCUCUUCAGAGGAUUUCUUUGCCACCUCAAGCCCCAGAACCCUAUGAUGACUAUGGUUAUGAAGACACCUAUGGGGAACCAAGCUAUGAAGGUUAUGAGGGUUAUUACAACCAGAGCCAGGGAGAAACCGAGUAUUAUGAUUAUGCGCAUGGUGAGAGCCUAGAAUCAUAUGACGGCUAUGGGCAAGACAACUGGAAUGGAUCCCGACCAUCCCUGAAGGUUCCUCCUGCUGCUAAAGGCAGUAGCUACAGAGAUCACCCAUACAGACGCUUCUAAGACUGCUACUCUUCCAAACAAUUAUUACUGAUAUGUUGUGUCCCAGGACUUCUGUUCCUUAACCCACAGCACAAGUAAUUUCUCUGUACUCCGUGACUCCUUUCACUCUCCCCUUUUGAUCCCUUAACCCAUCCCAAAAUCCUCCUUUAUAAGACCGAUCUUUAAAAUGGGAGGAAAAUAAAAACGAUCCACCUGUGAAUAUUUAGAACCAUUUUUACGUUCAUUGUUUAAAAAUAAACAAAAACCCUUAAAAACAUAAAUGCUUUUCAUGCAAAAAAAGAGCAAGUAAAAUAGUAUUUUAAGUGACUUUUGUUACAAAACUGAGGAUUUCUAACAAAACGUUCAUUCGAUGUUAGCUGUAGAUUCUGUCCUGAAGCAAGCUGCAUUUCAAUAUUCCAUUUUUUUUUUAUUAUGAGUUAGCGCAAUUAGCUGUAAUAUUGUAUGCUGUUUAAAAACCCAGGCUUUGACUUUGUAAUUAAAAUCCGCUUUGUUUUAUGUUAUUAAACCUUAUGGACAAAU